CGGGGACACAGCGCUUUCCAACGUUCCGCUCAAAAAUUGUUGCCAAACACGCAUAGGUUAACGUCAGCGUCGAUAAUUGAGUAAUUUACCAAACAUUUACUCAUAUUUGUCUUAUUUUAAAUUCGCCCAAGGCUCAUUUAGAUUUUGAAUCUUUCGUUUCCCGCAGUUAUUGAACGCGCCGCCGGUGCUUCAGCUCGCCAUUAAUUCUGAUUUUGAGGGGAAUGUUCAUUCAAAAACGAUAAAACAAAACAACACGAUAAUUAAAUCUUAUAAUGUCGUUCGGAGACGGUGAGUCUGCGAGGGCACACAGUGCUCACUUUGACGAAUCUCCAAAAUUCCAAGGGAAGUUCCCCAGGAAAUCCCCCGCUCGGUUAUAUUAUCGUCGACGGCGUGAAGCCACACCGCCCUAACAACAGUGCCACUUCCUCGGAUACAUUCGAGAGGAAAACGCGGGUCGGGAACCGUCGCGUGGUGGAUUACUAAAAUUUAAUUCAAACCACGAUCGAGCCUCGCGCAAGAAUGGACCCAGCCGACGCGGACAACAAGCGGAGCUACAGCACGCUCAACACGCUGUACCACGAAAGCCGGCAGGAGAUGGAGCUCCUGGCCAAGCAGCUGGCGGCCAAGGACAACAUUAUAGCCGAGCUCAAGCUGAGGCUAGCCGGCCACGAGAGGCUUUGCUUGUCGGUGGGCGACAACCAGUCGGUGGUGGUCGGGCCGUCCAAGUCUCUGCUGGAUAGUUUGUGCAAAGAAAUCUACAAGCUGAAGCAGAAGAGCAACGAGACGGAUUUGAAAGUGGUCAGACAAGAAGAGGAGAUCAAGAGACUGAGCGAGCAGCUGCGUCAGAAGGACGAGCAGCUGGAAAGCGUCAAGUGCGACGCAAAGAGCCCCGGGGAAUUGAACGGUGAUUCCGAAAAGGAGCUGGAGCUCCGGAGGCUGCGCUCGGCCGAAGCCACCAAGACCGUUCUGUGCACGUCGCUGGCCGAGGAGGCCGAGCAGCUACGGGGCCAGCUGGGGGCCACCGUCCAGGUGUGCCGUCAGCUGAUGGCCAAGCUGGAGAAAAGCAAAGCGGGCAAGGCGCAGGCGGGCGAGCAAGCCGCGACGCAGCCACCCGAGUCACCUGACAGAUCUCCGAAUUCCCCAAUCCGCCAACUUGAGGAUGAGAAUCGGCAGCUGAAGCAGCGUGUUGCUUAUGUCCAGGGCCUGAACUCGCAGUGGCAGAAGUACGACUCCAGCCGGGAGGACUACAUCCGAGGACUGUGCCAGCGGCUCAAGAGCGUGGCGGCGACGCCGCUGGCUCCUUCGCUCGCCUCGGCCGGUGCCGCUUUGCUCCAUCAAGAGAUUUCCCGACUUAACGGCCUGCUGGAGGACAAACUGAGCGAGUGCGCCAGGCUGCGAGGAGAAGCCCAGCAAGCCAGCAGCAAAGACAGAGAACGCAUUCAGACGCUGGAGCAGCAGGUACUCAUCUACACGGAAGAUUUUAAGUCGGAGCGGGCCGACCGGGAGCGAGCUCAGGGACGCAUUCAAGACCUCAAGGAGCAAAUUUGUCACUUGAAGCAGCAACUACACAAACAGGGAUCGACUCGAGAAACCAGGGAGGUCCCCGUGUGUCACGUGCACAUCGGUCACCGAGUCUCGUCGUCCUCUUCCUCGCGACGCCACCACCGGGACGUUGGGGAUUGUUCGGGGGCCCGGAACAACACGCCACGUCUGUUGGCUCCCCCCGCGGCGGUUGCCUCGCCACCAGCGCUACCGCAGGAUGCCGCCCUAAUGGAGGUGCCAUCAGAUCUGCAGUGCCCACGCUGUUUUGCCACCUUUAGCGAGGAUGACGCCGCCCGCUAUCUCAACCACUGCGAGGAGUGCGCCACCUUGUGAGCACGACUGGGACAUUUUGCGCACUACAUGGAAUACCUCAACCUGAACAAAAAUGAUUUUUUUUUUUUGUUAUCGGCAAGAGUCAUUUAAGCCUUUGAGCUAAGGUCACGCAUUAAAGUCUUAGGCCACCGUGUGGUUUGGAAUAAGCAAAUUUGUGUAUUUUGGGGCGGGAACCUAUCGUCGUUAUUUGCUUGACUACUUUCUGCUUUUUUGCUGUCAAUAUAAACAGAUAGUUUCGACGCCAAUACCGGUGACAAAGAAUACGGCAUUUUUAAAAUCAAAAUAUUUCCAUCAAACUGAAAAGCUGAAGAGUUUGUUCUGAUAAAUGGUCAACUUUGAGAAAAAAAAAAUACUUUUAGGAUCACAAUAGCGGAAACAAUCAUUGUAAUGGUCGCCAGAGACUUUAUUCGCGUACUUUGAAUGCAAACUUUAUAAGCUUUCUCUUGUUGAAUCACAAAAUCUCACUUGGUGCUAGAAAUCUAUUCAUAAUUUAUUAUCAUACACAAAAGCCAUAAGAUAUAGUUCUACUGUUAGAUUAUUUUAAUAUAAAAUAUAGAAGUGUAUUUAUUUAAUUUGUAAUGUAUGCAAAGGACCCGAUUUUGGAAGGUGUGGUGCUUCCCUCCCCCUCCCCCCUCCCUCUGAUCGUCUAUUUUUAUAAUAAAAUAUUUCAUAAAUGAU